AUGCGUUUCCUACCGUUAGUCACUCCGUCACUGUCCGCGUACGCCUUUGUCCGCCGAGACGGCGACGACUCGCCUUUGUUUCCCCCCGCGUCAGCUGACACAAUAGUACCGUACGUCUCGGACUUGACCCGUUUCGAGGAAAUGGUCGAGAUUGAAAUGAUUCAGAGCGACAGGAUCACGCGUGGAAUACCGUUCCGACACUGCAAUGAGACGGGCCAA